AUGGUGUCUCCAGAUAAAGAAGCGUUUGUGAAAGUAUGGCCAAGAUGUUUCCUAGUAUUUCUUGGCGUUGUCGAAGUUAUAGCUGCUAUUGUUCUAAUAGUUACUGAAUUCGGUAAUGUUGCAUCCAACUUUUGGACAACUAAUGUAUUUGCUGGUGGUUGGUGUGGUAUUAUAAUGAUUGCACACUUCUUUGGGCUAUUUGUUGCCGCAUGUUGUUCACCAAGUCCACCAGCUGCUUUUCGGGCAGUUGUAAUAACCAUAAUAGCUCUCGUAGCUUGCGGCGUAUUGAUUGGAUUUGAUGCUUACUUUAUCGCUACACCAUCAGCAUGUUUAUUAACAUCGUCAUGCUCUACGAAUGCUGUAUCAACAUCCUCGUUUAGUUAUUAUUUUCGACAAAGCUUCUUUUUAGCAUUUAAUAGCCUCAGUGCUUUUAGCAGUUAUACAGAGUCGCAAGCAAAAUUUCUCUUUCGAACAAUUCAAUUAAGCGUUGGUGCUUUGUGCUUCGUACUUUGUAUUGUAUAUUUAGUUAUCUAUUAUGUAUCACGGGGCAAGGCUUCAGACAAAGUGUCGCCUAGCACAAAUCAACCAACUCCUUAUGCACCUCCACCAGGAGCCCGUUCUCAACAGCCGCAAUAUGGACCGCGCGCACCGCAACCAGCUCCAAAUCAAGCUACAAGGAAUCAAAGCAAAAGAUACUAG